UAUGAUAUUAGUACAGAAGAAUUCAAUGAUUCCAAUGAUUCCAACGAUUCCAACAAUGAAGUUUCAGAAACAAUUUCAGAAGUCACUGAUAUGGCAGUAGAUAGUGAAGAUAAUGAAAACAGUAAAUAUAAUGAAUAUAGUGAAAAUAGUGAAGAUAGUGUAGAUAGUAAAAGACAAGAAGAAAUGACGUCAAGUUCUGAAAUGAGAGAAAAUUCACAAGAUCUUCAAGAGUAUGAUGGUGAUAUUUCAUUAAUAUCACUUUCAAUUUCAGAAAGAUAUGAAAAUUUACCUUUGAGUUUACAAAGUUUUGAAGAAAAACCCGAAAUUAAAAAU